GCUGCAGGAAUGGGUUACCUGAAGCUGCUGGUGGUGAAGGACUUCAAGUCAUGGCGGGGGCAGCAGGUUAUUGGCCCCUUCAUGAAGUUCACUUGCAUCGUUGGGCCCAAUGGAUCAGGGAAAUCUAACAUAAUGGAUGCUGUUAGUUUUGCAAUGUGUGAAAAGACAUCUCAUUUGCGAGUUAAAAGCAUUCGAGAACUCAUUCAUGGAGCACAUGUUGGAAAACCAGUUUCUUCUGUGGCUAGUGUGACACUAGUAUAUUCUGAAGAAGAUGGAGAGGAAAAGAGAUUUUCUAGAGUUAUCCGUGAUAACUGUUCAGAAUUUCUUUUCAAUGAUAAAUCUGUUGGCCGAUCUACAUACCUGUCUGAGCUUGAAAAAAUUGGCAUAUUUGUCAAAGUUAGGAACUGUCUUGUUUUUCAGGGGACAGUAGAAUCAAUUGCAAUGAAAAAACCAAAGGAGAGAGCUCAACUUUUUGAACAAAUCAGUAGUUCAUGGGAGUAUGCUGAAGAAUAUGAACAAAAAAAGAAACAAAUGCAGCAAGCAGAAGAGGAUGCACAGUUUAAGUAUAACAAGAAAAAAAGUGUUGCAGCAGAACGCAAACAAGCAAGGGUAGAGAGAGAUGAGGCAGAGCAUUACCAGAUGUUUCUGAAGGAACUUGCUGAAGAAAGGAUACAACUGCAGCUUUUCCGGCUUUAUCACAACGAAAAAGACAUCGACGUCCUGCGAAAAAGUUUGGAUGAAAAGAAUAUGCAGACUCAUAGGAAGAAAGAGUCUCUUUCUGCAGCAGAAGAUGCAUUUAGAGCCAAGAAAAAAGAGCUUGGUGUGCUAAGCAGAGACCAACAGCACAUGGAAAGAGAACUGAAGACUCUCGAAGCAUCACUGAUUCAGCAGAGACCUCUCUAUAUAAAAGCUAAGGAGAACACUUCCUACCAAAUCAAGAAAGUAGAAAUGUCUAAAAAAUCUCUAAGGGAGAAGGAGAAAUCUUGUGAUAAAGAAAAGCAGAACAUAAAAGAACUAGAGACAGAACUAAGUGAUGUUGAGAAGGCAUGGAGAGCAUUUGAGAAGAAGGCUGAAAAGAUAUUGCAGGCAGCAGCAGAUAUUGAGCUCAGAGAAAGUCAGAUGGAGCGUUACAAAAUACUAAAGGAAAGAGCAAGAAAGCAAGUAGCUACAAUAACCCAGCAGCUAGAAAAACUUCGCUGGGAGGAUAAAGCAGAUCAAGAAAAGCUGAAACUUAAUCGGAGGAAGAAAAAAGAAGUAGAGGAGUACAUAAAACAGACUGUGGAACAGAUAGAAGAGCAUGAAAAAAAAAUAGAGAAGUUGGAAGAAUACAUCCAGAUGUGCACUGAAUCACUGAAAGAGAAGAAACAGCAAGAGGAAAAGUUAACUGAGGAAAUUGAAAAUUCAACAACACGAAUGGCUGAAGUGAAUGAAGAAUUGAACAAAACAGUUGGUGAACUGCAGAAUGCCAAAAUUGAUUACCACGAGACAAGGCGUCAGCAGAUGAAAGCAGAGAUCCUGGAAAGUCUCAGAAGACUAUAUCCAGAUUCUGUGUAUGGAAGAUUGCUUGACCUGUGUCAUCCUAUUCAUAAAAAAUACCACCUUGCUAUUACCAAAGUAUUCAGCCAAUACAUGACUGCUAUUGUUGUUGCCACUGAGAAAACAGCAAGAGAUUGCAUUCGGUACCUAAAAGAAGAACGAGCUGAACCCGAAACUUUUCUUGCUUUGGAUUACCUUGAUGUGAAACCAAUCAAUGAAAUGUUAAGAGAGAUAAAAGGAGCUAAAUUGCUGGUGGAUGUUGUACAAACUCCAUUUCCACGGGUGAAAAAAGUGAUUCAGUUUGUGAGUGGGAAUGCCUUGGUCUGUGAGACAGUUAAAGAAGCUAAACAAAUAGCAUUUGAUGGACCAGUGAGACUGAAAACAGUGUCUCUUGAUGGAACUUUAUUUUCGAAAUCUGGAGUGAUUUCUGGAGGAUCAAGUGAUUUAAGAUUUAAAGCUAGAUGUUGGGAUGAGAAAGAAAUAAAUAAAAUGAAAGAAAGAAGAGAUUACUUGAUUAAUGAGUUAAGGGGCUUAAUGAAGAUAAAACGUAAGGAGACUGACUUGAAGCAGUUACGUGUUCAAAGCAAUGGAACUCAGACACGGCUUAAGUAUUCACAGAGUGAAUUAGAGAUUAUUAAAAAGAAACAUCUUGCUAAUCUCUAUGGGGAAAAAUCUAAACUGGAAAGUGAAUUGGUAAAUAUUGAGUCUCAGCAUGGUAUGUUGAAUGAAGGAAUAGCACAAAGAAAUGGAAAAAUAGAAGAGUUUCAGAAAAAGAUCAAUGAGGCUGAAGAUGCUGUUUUCAGGGAGUUCUGUGAAGAAAUCGGUAUAGAAAAUAUUCGUGUAUAUGAACAAGGACAAGUGAGACAACAAGAGGAGAUCAAUAAGAGAAGACUGGAGUUUGAAAAUCAGAAGACACAACUAAACAUUCAGCUGGAAUAUAACCGUGAUCACCUACAAAAGUCUACAAAUGCAGUCAGCAAGUUGAGGGACACCGUUCAUAAAGAUGAAGCUGAGAUUGCCAAGCUACAGAAGGACGAGGAAAUGCUUCUGAAAAAAGUGAAUGAAAUUGUGGAGGAGCAGCAGCUUCUUAAGGAUAGAUUAAGUGCUCAUAAAUCUCAGGUUAUGAAAGCCCAAAAUGAAGUUGAAGAGUUAAGAAAGAAGACAUUAUCUGUUAAUAGAGAAGUGACAAUGUUACAAAAGGAAGCUACGGCUAUAGAAUCCUCUCUGGAAGAGAAAAGAUUAAGACGACAUAAUAUGCUGCUUGAAUGCAAGGUGGAGGACUUGAAAAUACAGCUUCUGUCUGGAUCACUGGAUGACAUCAGCGAAGUUGAGCUAGGAACUGAAACAGAAGGCACUCAGACUAUAUCAAGUAUCUUUAAGAGGGAAGAGGCAAUUCAGAUAAACUACAGCAGCCUAGCAGAAGACUUGAAGGACCUGGAGUCUGCUAAAGAUAUAGAGGAACAUCUGCACGAGAUGCAGCAGGAAAUAAAAUUAAAAGAGACUACUUUAAUGAAGACAGCUGCUCCGAACCUGAGAGCAGGAGAGAAAUUACAGAUAGCUCGAGACAAGUUCCAAGAAUCAUUAGAUGCUUUUGAGGCCAGCAGAAAGGAAGCCAGAACACGUAAGCUGGAGUUUGAAUUGGUGAAACAAAGGAGAUACCAGCUUUUUAGCCGGUGCUUUGAGCAUGCCUCUGUAGCCAUUGAUCAGAUCUACAAGAAACUUUGCAGAAACAGUAGUGCUCAGGCAUUCCUGAGCCCUGAGAAUCCUGAGGAGCCUUAUCUGGAAGGCAUUGGCUUUAACUGUGUGGCUCCAGGAAAACGAUUUAUGCCAAUGGACAGUUUGUCAGGAGGUGAAAGAUCUGUUGCAGCUCUGGCUCUAAUGUUUGCCAUACAAAGUUUUCAGCCAGCACCAUUUUUUGUUCUCGAUGAGAUAGAUGCUGCCCUGGAUAGGACAAACAUUGAUAAAGUCUCGAGUUUCAUUAGAGAACAGGCCCAUGAACAGAGUCAGAUGAUAGUCAUUUCUCUAAAGGAAGAGUUUUAUUCCAAAGCAGAUGCACUGAUUGGAGUGUGUCCAGAGAAAGAUGACUUCAUGUUCAGCACAGUACUGACUAUAGAUCUUACCAAGUAUCCAGAUGGUGAUGAUCAGGAAACAACAGAGAAGCACAACCGCAGUCCUGCUUCAGAAUGA